GCCAGCAGCAUCUAAACUGGAAAACACCAACAUCAGUCGAGGAUGACACCCCCUGUAUUCUCCCAUAACGUCACACCAGAUACCAAUGUCUAUUCGCCUUGACCGCAUAUUGUAGUUCUCUACAUCGUCACUCACAUUUGCGCACCUACUUCGCACCGUCGACCAAACAAACCACGGACCCGAAGCCUCCUCGAAAUCACCUCGAGACAUGCACUCUCACCAGGCAGGGUGUCGGUAACCUCCAAACUCCAUGCCAACCCUCACAUUCCUUUCCUGACAAUUCCGCUGUGUCUGCGAUGCGUCCUGGGGCACCCGAACCCGCUCUACCCCUUGUCCCUAACAGCGCCAAUACCUCUUCCAUCGAUGGUACUGCUCGCAAGUCUCACGACAAAACAAUCGGCGGUGUCUUUACAUACACGGGCGGGUCUGAUGUAGAGACGGGCUAUCCAGAUCACAGGCUGGAUCAGCUUAAAAAUUUCAGGAACGGCAGCCAUCACUCGCUGACUAAUGGGCUGCCGAAUGGAAAUAUCAAGGCAUCCCGGGACAGGUCACAAUCCAAGGCGAGCAGCACACAUUCAAUAGGAAGCGCAGCAGGGAAACAGACCGACACCUUGUUCAGAAGUCCGCCCUCAGUCGAGGGCCUGAGCAGACUGUCUAGCGUUGAGAAUGGGUUGAAUGAAGAAGCUACAGGUGCUCCUGUUCAGCUAGGGGGCCACACGCCUGAGUUGGGUAAACUGGACACAAGCCUUCCCCCCGCGAAGCCUGAAUACGAUCCAUACCAUAUGGUAACAGCCUCGACGGUCCCCGAUACUGCGCGAUCCGAUGGCCAGGCAUUGUUUCUACAACCGCCUCGCGCUUCGGGCCCGACUCUCGCUCGUUUUUCCUCCCCGCCUGCAAUGCCUCCGUCAGCAGCACUACAAGAUCGAACUGUAGACCAAUCCUCGAAUUCUGAAUUACCGAAACUCAGCCACCGCCAUACUCUCCAAGUCCCGAAACCUACCAUUCCGAUCGGACGGAACUCACGAGAUUUCUCCUUCGCCGCGGGCCCUUCAGAAGAAGCCUUGUCCACCACCGGCCGCUUCUCCCCCACGAGAGACCACCAUGACUCUACGGUCAGGCAUAGGAGAGCGUCGCUGGGUCUUGUGCGUAGGACGACCCGGUCAAUGCAGUCCGACGCUCAUUUAGACGAGGUGGCCCCAGAUGAGGAUGCGGCGCGAUGGACGGAACUGAUCAAGCAAAAAAGAGCAAGCAAGAGGAAAAAGAGGGAAGAGGAAGACGACGAUCGUGUGGUGGUUGGGAAGAAAGUUGAAGAAGGUCACGUCAAUUGGGUCACCGCGUACAAUAUGCUGACAGGAAUUCGAUUUACUGUGUCGAGAACAAAUGCAAAGAUGGACCGUGAAUUGACGGAUGCCGAUUUCGAUGCAAAACACAAGUUCAGUUUCGAUAUCACCGGGAAUGAACUGACACCUAGCGCAAAAUACGACUUCAAGUUCAAGGACUAUGCGCCGUGGGUAUUUCGACACCUGCGUGCCAUUUUCGGUCUUGAUCCAGCGGAUUACCUAGUCAGUCUGACUAGCAAGUAUAUCCUUUCAGAGCUGGGCAGUCCAGGGAAAUCUGGAUCAUUCUUUUAUUUCUCGCGAGACUAUAAAUACAUCAUCAAGACUAUUCACCACGCCGAGCAUAAGUUGCUGAGGAGGAUCUUACGAGAUUAUUAUCGACAUGUUGUGGACAACCCGAACACGCUCAUCAGCCAGUUUUACGGUUUGCACAGAGUCAAGAUACCUUAUGGUCGCAAGAUUCACUUUGUUGUGAUGAACAACCUAUUCCCACCCCAUCGGGAUAUUCAUCAAAUGUUCGACUUGAAAGGCUCGACAAUAGGGAGAGACUUUAGGGAAGAGGAUCUGGCAAGCAACCCUAGGGCAACUCUGAAAGACUUGAACUGGCUACGUAGGGACAAGCACCUCGAAUUCGAUGCACGGAUACGUCAGAUUUUCCUGGAACAGUUAAAGCGAGACGUUUCACUGUUGCAAAGGCUUCAGAUAAUGGACUAUUCCCUUCUGGUUGGAAUUCAUGACCUUGCGAAAGGCAAUGAGGAGAACCUGCGCGAAGCUACACUGCAAGUUUUCCAGCCAGGAGGAGAAGAAGACGAUCAAACUCCUUCAAUGCUGAUUAGAACUCCAUCUCGACUUGAAAGUGCACGAAAGGCACGAGAGUUGAGGCUGACGCUCAAGAAGGAGAAGCCUGUACCUAUGGGCAUGGUACAAAGAAAGAUGCCGUCUGAGAUGUCUUCGGGGGAUGAAAGACAAUUUCGCAUAUUCUACAAUUAUGAUGGGGGUAUCAGGGGUACGCAUGAAGAUGGUCAAGGGGGAGAUUCCGUUUACUAUCUUGGUGUCAUCGAUUGCUUGACACACUAUGGUAUAAUCAAGCGUAUUGAGCAUUUCUGGAAGGGCCUUUCGGCCCCUCGGACGCAGAUUUCUCCCAUUCCUCCUCAAGCAUAUGGCGACCGGUUUCUUAACUUCGUUACCGGCAUUACCAUGACCCAAGAGGAGGCUGAUCGAAGGAGAGCGCAAGACAGCCGGCCUUCUGGAACCCAGACUCAGAAUUUCUCAAUAGAUAGCCAACGACAACUCCCAAGAGAGAGUCACGGAAGCGACAGAGAAGCCUCUGUACAUUCUCCACCCAUGAGCCCUGGGGCUGUGGAAAAGACCAUGCGUAAAGCGCAGAAGCAGACAGAUAAAUCUACUCCGGCUGACAAAGGCCGGCGUGGAAGCGAAGAGGAAAAGCCCGAGCGAAUAUUAAGAACAACCGAAGAGUCUAAGGGGCCGACGUUACUCCCAGUGGUCUCAGAAGCGGGUGAGAAUGGGGAUCACAACGAGAAACGACUCUUGAAUGCUCCAGAUGAAAGAUCAGAGUGUAAAGGGCCGCUUUCGGCCUCGCCAGAACCUAUUGCACCAUCGAUACCCGGACUGCGCAGAGUCUCACCAUCAACAGUAGCGACUGCGACUGACAUCGCCGAUGAUACCAGUAUAUCGAGCCCGGACGUGGUUGACUUUGCCGAUCCAUGCCAACCAGAGGAGCGUGAAAAAGGUGUCGACAAUGUUUUGGGCAAGAAGCCUCCUCGCAUUGCCAGUGACUUGAUACAGCCUCAGUCACCUUUUGGUGAUGGUCUUUUACAGUCGAUGCAGGAGCGUAUGGAGCCGAAGACUCAGUGAACCACCCGUGUGAAUGAAGUCUCGCAUCGAGCAAAGGGCUUUUGACAUGCAUUGCGACUGCGCUGUCCCAACCAGGUCGACCAAUGGUAUAUAUUUGAUUGGUUUUGGCAGAGUCUGGGGCCAAACGAUGACUGACACAAUUUAUUUUUCCUUUCAUGUAUGAUCUGCACUCGGUGUAGAGCACCGAUCCAAGCCCGCGAAGAAAGCAAAGAGCAUUUUUUCCCAUGUUGUCUUGAAAUGAACUUGAUGCCCGCAGUGACAAGGGUUAUUUCCUUUUUCUCUUCUUUCCUACUCCUUAUCGCACAUGGAUAUCUUUUGUUCAGCUUUGGGUGUGCACGAUUCCGCAAAGUCAUAGAGAGAGAGUUUGAACAGCCUUAUCGAGCAAAAAGGGACUUCAGCAUUCUGGUUAUAGAGAGCGUUUGUUAUGGGGUAGGAGUUGGGAGCGGUGAAUUCAUGCCAGCCCAUAAAAGCUAUUUCGAUCUGGUAGACCAGACUACCCUACUAGGUAUCUACCUAAUCCUUGGAGGCAUUUGUACAUCAGGGUAAAAGAUCA